AUGUUGAAGUGGGUCCAGUCCGGUCUUUCCGUUGUCGCAGGCACCGCCGAGCCAGAGUAUGGCCGUGAAGCCAUCCAUCCAAUCACCGAUUUCAUCAAGAAGGGUGACCCUGUUUCUAGAGAAACCACGUCUGAGGACUUUGCCUGGAGAAAGCCUGGCUACACCAACGUGGAGACCCAGACUUUCUACUUUUCCGAUUUGAAAACGGGAUACACUGGUUUUGCCCAGAUCAUCCACUCCAAUCUCAUGGGCGUCAAGACCACUGCUCAGUUCACCUUCAGAUUGUAUAACAACGAGAAGGGCGCCGAUGACCCAAACGCCAUCUGGACUUCCACCGCGUUGGAGGAGUUCCGUGCUGAGGGUUCCAACUUCUACGCUAAGAACUUGUCCUUUGAGCUUGCUGACGAUGGCGUCACCUACCACUUGAAGUCGCUAGUCAACGAGGAUUCCUUGGUCGACUUGACCGUCAAGAGAUUGACCCCUGGUGUCGUUUUCGGAAAAGACGGUACCACCCUCUACGGUGACGACUUGGAGAACCCAUGGGGCUCCAUGAGACACGCCUUCUGGCCUAGAUGUAGCGUCACGGGUAAGCUCUCGUUGAAGAACAACGUGCAGCUUGAGAUUGACGGCUUCACCAUGUUUGUGAUGGCUUUGCAGGGCAUGAAGCCCCACCACGCUGCCAAAUCCUGGAACUUCCUCAAUUUCCAGAGCCCACACUUUUCCGCCGUGCAGAUGGAGUUCACCACCCCUCGCUCUUACGCCACCACAAAGGUCAACAUUGCCAUUCUUGCCAAGGACGACAAGGUGGUGCUCACGUCGAUUGACAACGAGGUGACCCACGAGGACGCUGAGAUCGACGAAGUCGGCUGGAACGUCCCCAAGGGCAUCACCUUCAACUUCUCCAAGGACGGCCCAGACUCCGAAACCGUGGCCGUUGUCUCUGGUAAGUUGAACCAGUUGGUCGAGCGUGUGGACGUGAUGGCUGAGAUCCCUCAAUUCGUCAAGAACAUCGUUUCUGGCGUUUCGGGUGCCAAGCCAUACAUUUACCAGUUCUGCAACCCAUUGAGCAUUAAGUAUGGCUCUGAGACCGAGGAGGGUAUCGGUUUCAACGAGGCUACUUUCAUCUCCGACUAA